AUGGGCGAGAGCAGCAAACGAGUCCGGCAGCGAAGCCGUGAAUCAGCCACUCAUGGCAAAGCAAGCCAAGUCUUGGAUGCCAAACGACCAAAGCUUACAACGAAUGUGCCUGUUGAGGUUAUGCAGCAACCCACACCGCAGUCGCCAAUGGGUUGGUCCAGCAUGAAGGACUUCUUGAUGACAGAACUGAGAAGAGAAAUGGGAUUACCCCUGAACCGCCCUCAAUGUCAAGACAAUAUCGACGAGAAAAGUGUCAAUCUGGCUUGCCCCCUUUUCAUCAGGAAUCCGGCUGCUUUUACCCAUGUCCGGAACUCAUGCACCGAUGGGAACAUCAAGGGUGGAAUCGGCAAGCUGAUCGAGCAUAUCAAAAGAGUCCACUUGAGAACCGACAAGCAGUGCCACAACUGUGGAGUCCGCUUUAGCUCAAAGCCGGCGGAGUCCAAGUCGUCGCACUCGCGCAAUUGCACGAAAGUGUGGUCGCCUCACGAACCCCCACUCCUGUCGGAAAGUCAGCAGCGAGUCUUGGACAAUCUGUCUGUAAGAGCCAGCGGACAAUCGCUAGACUACAAGUACCGUCACAAGCUUCUCAUGAAGCUUUACCCGGGCCACGAGGAAUGGGCGAAAAAGGUCGAAAUCUACCACGACGCCUAUUCUCCCUGUCUCCUACCGACACAGCUCAUGUUCGACGCCAUGGAGAAAGCCGUUGACAGGUGGGAGAGGGGAUAUAACACCCAUUAUGACUCUGAUGGAAGCGAUGCCGAUUCGGACAGGUCACGAGGAUAUCGACGGUUCUCCGGGUCAAGUCCCAGUGCAUCAUCUUCAACGGACGCUUCAAGCGCCUAUCCAUCGACUAGCUCCGGUGUCUACAGUCGGACUAUUGGAAAUGGCAACAGCUACAGCUCACAACAUACUUAUCAGCAAUCUGGCUACCAGGACCAGAACUGGGGCAUGGGCAACAUGUCUUUGGCAACCGGAUCAACACAACACGCAAGCACGGCAACAGCUGAUCUGACAUCAAACGUACCACGCAAAACCCGCGCAAGCAGUCGGCCAGUGGACAGCGAUUACACCGACAUGCAACUUCAGUCGGAGUACCAGAGCUACGUUCAUUCCGGGGCACUAGAUGACUUUGAUGAGCUAGCCAGCUCAUCUUAUAUCGAAGGUUUCGAGCCUGUGUUUGACGUAGUUUCCACUGUGCCCUCUGACUAUCAAUCAUACACCUUGGACGCUGACCAGGGCUUCCCCAUCGACUACCCAGCUCAAGGCCACUACUCCAAGAACACUAUCAAUCCGAAAGACAUUCACAACACACUCAUAGGGAUGGGGUCAGCAACGAUGCCGAGAUACCUCAUAGAGCACGAGGAAGAUUCGGGGAUUGUUCUUCAUGAUACCCAGGAAUAUUUGGGCUUUGCGGGACAGGCCAGGAGAACACGCAGAUGA